AUGGUGCUGCAGCGGUACCGGGCGAAGCAGGAGCUGGGGAAGGGAAGCUUUGGGACUGUGUACCUGACAGAAGGACGACGAGACAAGAAGACUUACGUCGUGAAGGUAGUUGAUAAUCUAAGAGAAAACAAUCUGAAAGUGCAAGAAAUUCGUGUUAUGAUGCAUCUAAAACAUCGUAACAUCAUCGAGAUGUGCGAUUUUUACACUAGCAACAAUCAGCUGUGUAUUGUUAUGGAUUAUGCUGAUGGAGGAGAUCUGCGAAACGAAAUUAUCAAGGCAAGGGGUGCCAAGCAACACAUUAACGAGGAGAUCAUCACGCUGUGGUUGAUUCAGGUCUGCGAGGCUCUCGACUACGCCCACCAAGAGCAAGUCAUCCACCGAGACAUCAAGCCCUCCAACAUCUUCCUCAUGGCCGAUGGCAGGACGGUGAAAGUGGGCGAUUUCGGCAUCUCAAAAGUAUUGGAUGCUGAGCUUGAAAAAAGAGUCGGCACGAAACGGUACAUGGCUCCUGAAGUUUAUAACAAGCAAGACUACUCAAACAAGGCGGACAUAUGGUCUUUAGGAUGUGUACUUUUCGAGCUCCUCACCUUGAAUCACCCGACCUAUGAGAAAGAUAAACGAAUAUGGUUCGAAUGGGUAAUUACCCACUAG